GCAGAGGAGGUGCGCGCCGAGCGGCAGCGUCCGGGGAGAAGCAGCUCUCUGCGGUCCAGCGUGGCGCCGGCGGCCCCUCAGCAUUAGGCAGCGAUGGACCUCGCGGCGGCAGCGGAGCCGGGCGCCGGUAGCCAGCACCUGGAAGUCCGCGACGAGGUGGCCGAGAAGUGCCAGAAACUGUUCGUGGACUUCUUGGAGGAGUUCCAGAACAGCGAUGGAGAAAUUAAGUACUUGCAGUUAGCUGAGGAGUUAAUUCGUCCCGAGAGAAACACAUUGGUUGUGAGUUUCUUGGACCUGGAGCAAUUUAACCAGCAACUUUCCACCACCAUUCAAGAGGAGUUCUAUAGAGUUUACCCUUACCUAUGUCGGGCCUUGAAAACCUUUGUCAAAGACCGUAAAGAGAUCCCUCUUGCCAAGGAUUUUUAUGUUGCAUUCCAAGAUCUUCCUACCAGACACAAAAUUCGAGAACUCAACUCAUCCAGAAUUGGUUUGCUCACUCGCAUCAGUGGGCAGGUGGUACGGACUCACCCAGUUCAUCCAGAGCUUGUGAGCGGAACUUUCCUGUGCUUGGACUGUCAGACAGUGAUCAAGGAUGUAGAACAGCAAUUCAGAUACACACAGCCAAACAUCUGCCGAAAUCCAGUUUGUGCCAACAGAAGGAGAUUCCUGCUGGAUACAAAUAAAUCAAGAUUCGUUGAUUUUCAAAAGGUUCGUAUUCAAGAGACUCAAGCUGAGCUUCCUCGAGGGAGUAUCCCUCGCAGUUUAGAAGUGAUCUUGAGGGCUGAAGCUGUGGAGUCAGCUCAAGCUGGUGACAAGUGUGACUUUACAGGGACGCUGAUUGUUGUGCCUGACGUAUCUAAGCUUAGCAUACCAGGAGCACGUGCAGAAACUAAUUACCGUGUCAGUGGUGUUGAUGGAUAUGAGACAGAAGGCAUUCGAGGGCUCCGGGCACUUGGUGUUAGGGAUCUUUCAUACAGGCUGGUCUUUCUUGCCUGCUGUGUUGCACCAACCAACCCGAGGUUUGGAGGAAAAGAGCUCCGAGAUGAGGAACAGACAGCUGAGAGCAUUAAGAACCAAAUGACUGUGAAGGAGUGGGAGAAAGUGUUUGAAAUGAGUCAAGAUAAAAAUCUAUACCACAAUCUUUGUACAAGCCUGUUCCCUACUAUACAUGGCAAUGACGAAAUAAAACGGGGUAUCUUGCUGAUGCUCUUUGGUGGUGUUCCAAAGACAACAGGGGAAGGAACCUCUCUUCGAGGGGACAUAAAUGUUUGCAUUGUUGGUGACCCAAGUACAGCUAAGAGCCAGUUUCUCAAGCACGUGGAGGAAUUCAGUCCCAGAGCUGUCUAUACCAGUGGCAAAGCAUCCAGUGCUGCUGGCUUAACAGCAGCUGUUGUGAGAGAUGAAGAAUCUCAUGAGUUUGUCAUUGAGGCUGGAGCUUUGAUGCUGGCUGAUAAUGGUGUAUGUUGUAUUGAUGAAUUUGAUAAGAUGGAGGUGCGGGAUCAAGUUGCUAUUCACGAAGCUAUGGAACAGCAGACCAUCUCCAUCACUAAAGCAGGAGUGAAGGCUACUCUAAAUGCCAGGACAUCCAUUUUGGCAGCAGCAAACCCAAUCAGUGGACACUAUGACAGAUCAAAAUCACUGAAACAGAAUAUAAACUUGUCAGCUCCUAUCAUGUCCCGAUUUGAUCUCUUCUUUAUACUUGUGGAUGAAUGUAAUGAGGUUACAGAUUAUGCUAUCGCCAGGCGAAUAGUAGACUUGCAUUCAAGAAUUGAAGAUUCAAUUGAUCGUGUGUAUUCCCUUGAUGAUAUCAGGAGGUAUCUUCUUUUUGCAAGACAGUUUAAACCCAAGAUUUCUAAAGAGUCAGAGGACUUCAUUGUGGAACAGUAUAAACGCCUCCGCCAGAGGGAUGGUUCUGGAGUAACCAAGUCUUCAUGGAGGAUUACAGUGCGACAGCUUGAGAGCAUGAUCCGUCUCUCUGAAGCAAUGGCUCGGAUGCACUGCUGUGAUGAGGUCCAGCCUAAACAUGUGAAGGAAGCUUUCAGGUUACUGAAUAAAUCAAUCAUCCGUGUAGAAACACCUGAUGUCAGUCUAGAUCAAGACGAAGAUGCCCAGAUGGAGGUAGAUGAGGGACCAGAUGGCAUCCAUGGUCAUGCUGAUAGCCCUGCUCCUGUGAAUGGAAUUAACGGCCACAGUGAAGACAUGAACCAAGAUUCUGUUCCGAAAGCCUCCUUAAGGCUGGGCUUCUCCGAAUACUGCCGAAUCUCUAACCUUAUUGUGCUUCACCUCAGAAAGAUGGAAGAAGAAGAGGAUGAAUCAGCAUUAAAGAGGAGUGAGCUUGUUAAUUGGUACUUGAAGGAAAUCGAAUCAGAAAUAGAUUCUGAAGAGGAGCUGAUAAAUAAAAAGAAAAUCAUAGAGAAAGUCAUUUAUCGACUCACCCACUAUGAUCAUGUUCUAAUUGAGCUCACCCAAGCUGGAUUGAAAGGCUCCACAGAAGGAAGUGAGAGCUAUGAAGAAGAUCCCUACUUAGUAGUUAACCCUAACUACUUGCUUGAAGAUUGAGCUAUUGAAAGUAACGAGAGAAACUGUGGCCCUCCACCUCUGGCGUGGAGUCUGGGUGGAGCGCUACUAGCCAGAGAAAUGCUUGCGGGAGUGAUGAUUCAGGAAGAUUUACUCUGAGGAAGAAGAAACAAGUUGAUUUUCUCAUAUGUCCCAUUCCUUUUAUACGAAUGCAGGUUUCAUCCCUUUGUUUAGUGUGCUUCUUGCCUAAACAAAGUUGUGUUGCAAUAGUGUUUCGUUUCUAUAACUAAGACCUUUGUUUUCAUGUGUAGGAAAAGGUCUAUUGUUUUUAUGUUAUGUGGUAUCUUACUGAAGAAAUAACUUUUUUCGACUGCCAACUACUUUUUUUUUUUUUUUUUUUUGCGGUACGCGGGCCUCUCACUGUUGUGGCCUCUCCCGUUGCGGAGCACAGGCUCCGGACGCGCAGGCCCAGCAGCCAUGGUCCACGGGCUCAGCCGCUCCACGGCACACGGGAUCCUCCCGGACCGGGGCACGAACCCGUGUCCCCUGCAUCGGCAGGUGGACUCUCAACCACUGCGCCACCAGGGAAGCCCUGCCAACUACUUUUUUUCACCAAAAUAACUUUUUCUGCAGUUGACUAUUGGAUUUAUUUCUAUUUUAAAUUAUUGCUUCCAUUUAUUCAUGAAUAUGAGUCUUUCCCUUUUUGCUUGAUUCCUCGGGCAAAGGGGUGGAAACACAGCAUUACGGAAAACAUUUAGGUGUAGGCUCCUGCGAGAUCGUCCUUAUAAGAAUUUGUUAGUGUGAAAGCUAAGAGGCCUUGGAGAUGACUUUCCAAGGUUAAUUCCAGUUCUCUGGUUGUUUUUUAAGAGAAUUUAUGAAAAUAAAAAGUUUAUUAUACUUUUUUCGUUACUCUUUAAUACCUUUUUAAACUUAUAUAUCCUAAGAGUAAGGUCUCAGAAUUAUUUUCUAACUGCUUUUUUAAGGGGGGAGAUACAUCUUUUUUUUUUUUAAGAUUUUUUUUGAUGUGGAUGAUUUUUAAAGUCUUUAUUGAAUUUGUUACAGUGUUGCUUCUGUUUUUUCCUUUGGUUUUUUGGCCACGAGGUAUGUGGGGUCCUAGCUCCCCAACCAGGGAUCAAACCCACACCCCCCGCAUUGGAAGGCGAAGUCUUAACCACUGGGCCGCCAGGGGAGUCCCCAGUACGUCAUGUUCUAUAUUACAGACCACCCUUAAAUUUUAUGGCAUUUUUCCAGGAAAAGAGUUAUUGCUGUUUAUGAUAUUAAUAGUCCCUGAGGCUUAGCUUUGAUCAGUAUGUUCAUGAUGUAGCAUUUCCUUUUGCUGCAGCUUUUGACAACAGAUGAUUCUGGGGCCUGCAGGGCCAGUUGGGGAAUGUUUAUAUGUGGUAUUUGAGUUCACUAAUACAAACCUCUCUCCACUGGUUUGCGUACAGUAGGGUAAAGGAGACUGGAAAUGGAUAGAGAAGUUGCACAGUUAGCAGAUGCAGGGUAUAAGCUCCUGUGAAAACUAUGUUCCUAAUUAAUGGAGGUAGGAGAGCCUGUUGGGACAAGGAAACUUCAGUGUACAGGAUCUCAGACUUCCUGUUGAGACAGGAGAGUCUAGGAUAAGGCAUGGACUAAGGCAGGGACGUUCAGUAACAGGUGAUAAGAAGAACAAUGAGUAAAAACUCAGAAGACAGCAAGAAAGAGUCUUCCAUGCACUGAUUCCCAACUUGAUAAAGAAAAUGGGGUGCGGAGGUUCUGAAAAGAGAAACAGCCUGACAGAAAUUUGAACUUCAGUUUGAUCAAAUACUGAACCAAAGCAAAGUGUGAAGCCCAGGGAAGAUGAGUUCCUUUAUGGUGAAUCUGUCUUCUCCUCCCGAAUUCCGUCAUCAGUGAAAGUAGGGGCUCUAAAGCAAAGUGAGGCCAUUAAUACAACUAAAAUCAGUUUUUACCCAUCUGAAUAAGUGUGCUUACAUUUUCACACACCCCCUUUCUCUGCAUGUUACUUGUCAGGGAAAUGAAGUGGCAAAUGGAUGAUGGAGCAUGUGUAAGAUCUUUAUGUAGAAAAUUAGACAAGUACUUAGUAAGCAGAUGUAACUUCUUUCUGAAUAGGAUGUCUUCAAUCUUGUAAGUUGUCAACUGAUCAAUAAAUUUAAUGUAUUUUCAACCAAAUGCCAAUAGAUGUCCAUCAAUAAGGAAAUGACUACAUAAAUUGUGAUAUAGCAAUGCUCUGAGUUAUGCAAACUAAAAUGAGGGAAAUGAAGAUGUUUGAAAUGGAAAUAUCUCUAGGACACAUGGAAAAGAAAAUGUUCAAAUAAAGCCGUGGAGCACCUAAAUAUAUAAAGCAAGUAUUUACAGACAUAGACAGCAAAUAUUAACAGGAUAGAGAGCAAAACAAUAAUAGCAGGGGACUUUAGUACCCCACUUUCAUCAAAAGGAUAGAUCAUCCAGUCAGAUUAUCAAUAAGGAAGCACUGACCUUAAAUAACAUGUUUAGACCAGAUGGAUGUAACAGACAUGUGGAACAUUCCAUCCAAAAGCAACAGAAUACAGACUCUUUUCAAGCACACAUGGAAAAUUCUUCAGGAUAGAUCAUAUGUUAGGACACAAAACAAGUCUUAAUAAGUUUAAGAAGACUAAAAUCAACAUCAGGCAUCUUUUCUGACCAUAAUGGUAUAAAACUAGAAAUCAACUACAAGAAGCCUAAAAAUUUCACAAAUAUGUGGAAAUUAAGCAACCUACUGAACAACCAAUGGGUCAAAGAAGAAAUUUAAAAAUAAUGAGAAAUAAAAAUGGAAACAACAUACCAAAACUUACGGGAUACUGCAAAAACAGUCUAAGAGAGAAGUAUAUAGGGAUAAAAGCCUACAUCAAGAAACGGAUCGCAACCUAACUUGAUAUCUCGGGGGAAAAAAAUGAAGCCCAAAGUUAGUAGAAGAAAGAGCAAUGAAACUGAGCUGGGUUUUUUCUUUUUAAGAUAAAAUUGAUAAAACUUUAGCUAGACUCACAAAACCCUCAAAAUCAGAAAGGAAAGAGGAGGUGUUACAAGUUGUACCAUGGAAAUACAAAGAAUCAGAUGUUACUGUGAAUGAUUGUUGGCCAACAAAUUGGAUGGCCUAGAAGUGGACUGCUAGAAACAUACCUACCAAGAUUGAAUCAUGAUGAAAUUGAAAUCUGGGUAGUCUGGUUAGUAGUGAGGAGAUUGAAUCAAUAAUCAAAAACCUCCCAACAAACAAAAGCCCAGGACCAUAUGGCGUCACUGAUGACUUCUACCAAACAUUUAAAGAAUUAAUACCAGUCCUUCUCAAACACUUCCAAAAAAUCAGGGAGGAGGUACCACUUCCAAACUCAUUUUAUGAAACCAGCAUUACCCUGAUACCAAAGCCAGACAAGGACACCUAAAGAAAAGAAAAUUAUAGGCCAAUAUACCUGAUGUACAAAAUAGAUGCAAAAAUCCUUAACAAAACUUUAGCAAAGUUAAUUCAACAGUAUGUUAAAAUGACCAUGCAACAUGAUCAAGUGGGAUUAUUCCAGGAUGCAAGAAUGAUUCAACAUCCGAAAAUCAAUCAAUGUAUUACACCAGGUUAACAAAAAAGGAUAAAAAUCAUGGUCAUCUCUGUAGAUGGGGAAAAAAGCAUUUGGUAAAAUUCAACAUCCAUUUAUGAUUUUAAAAAACUGUCAACAAAUUGAAUAUAGAGGGAAAGUACCUCAACAUAAUAAAGGCCAUAGAGACUUUCCUGGGGGUCCCCUGGUUAAGACUCUGUGCUCCCAAUGCAGGGGGCCCGGGUUUGAUCCCUGGUCGGGGAACUAGAUCCUGAAUGCCGCAACUAAAAAAAGAUCCUGCACACGGCAACAAAGAUCCUAUGUGCCACAACUAAGACCCCGCACAGCCAAAUAUUAAAAAUAAAGGCUAUACCACUUCACACUUGCUGUGUCUUGCCUGUGAGUUGCGUCUCUGUUGGCUUGGUUUUUCCUCCGUGUUUAACAAGAACACAGGUGUGCUGAUGGCGCUCUCCUCCAGGAGACAGGCUCUACUGUAAGCUCCCACAGUGACUUCUGUGCUUCUGAAGAUUCACUAAACAGCCGCCUUCUAGCCAUCUUCAUUGUUGGCCACUCCAAAGUAAGUGGUCAUAGAAAGCCUAGUUCUUCUGAGCAGUGCCUCCUGCACGCGUGCUAGAGCUCACUGGAGCCGGAGUACUCGUGUUCCCCUCUGGGUCCACCUGCCACCACUCCCCACCUCCCAGGCAUCACACGGUGAGACUCCCCACCGCCUUGUUCAUUGAAGAGGCAACCGUAGCUACAAAUCACUGUUAAAAUCUUACUACUUCGUAGAGUGACUUUUAAAAAGAUGUUGCUUCCUCUUGAGUCUGUGUAAAUAUCUUUUUUUUUUCCUUCAAAUUUUUCUUUGUGUUGAAAUUCUAACAGGAAUCCUGGGUAGCUCUCCGGGGUACAGUGAAGUCCAGUGAAAGGCACCUUGUCUAUUUUGAAAACAAACAUUAUGUGACCUCUAGUAAUUCUUUUUCUGUAAGAAUACUGACUUUCUGGAGUAAUAAGUAUAUCAGUUAUUGUACAUGAUUGCUUUGUGAAAUGUGCAAAUGAUAGCACCUAUGCAGCCUUGUUUGAUUUAUUUCCUCUGGUUUGUACUGUUAUUAAAAGCAUA